GAAGACUGGAGAGGCUGAGCUUGGGGAAACAGGUUUUUUUAGAGGCGUGGGAGAUACAGGCUCAGAUCACUCUGCCUCAGCUGGAUGUGUUCUUGUCUCUUGUAGACCAGCAAACUGACUGCCAUCCCGAAGGAACUUUACAGCAGAGGAUGAAGGAGAACGAGAAGUACCACGCCACAGCGGACGCGGAGAAAGGCAUCCACAUCAUCAACAUCAAGGCCAUCGAAGACAUUGGCUACAUCCAACCUGACAGGCUGCUACUGAGCUCUCUAGGAGUGGAUCAGGAAUCUGCCUGUAAACAUGGCCUGUGCUUCAAAGAUGGUCAAAGGAAAGUGGAUUAUAUUUUGGCAUACACCUAUAAGAAGUCUUCCGGUAACCGAACUCCAAGUAAAAAGUCCCACCAUAACAACUCCGUGCACUCUUCUCGGGGGUCUAAAGAAAGCCACCAUCUUCCUGGUGGAGGUGCUGACCUAGAAUCUCCAGAAGCAGAACCCAGAAUAGACUAUCAUGAAGAUGACAAAAGAUUCCGCAGGGAGGAAUAUGAAGGUAACCUGAUGGAGACUGGUCUGGAGCUUGAGAAAGAUGAAGAGACGAAGAUGCAUGGUGUGGGAUUUGUGAAAAUCCACGCUCCCUGGAAUGUCCUGUGCAGAGAAGCUGAGUUUUUGAAACUUAAGAUGCCCACUAAGAAGAUUUACCACAUAGGUCAGAAACAAGGUCUGAUGCACAAACUCAACAACGUCCUUCAGAAAAUAACUGAACCCAUUCAGCCCAAAGUUGCUAGCCACAGACCCCAAACAGCCAAGCAUCUCUCGUAUCCUUUCUCCAGGGAAAAACAGCACCUGUUCGAUAUGUCAGACAAAGACUCUUUUUUUGACAGCAAAACAAGAAGUUCAAUUGUGUAUGAAAUCCUGAAGCGAACAACCUGUACAAAAGCCAAAUAUAGCAUGGGUAUUACCAGCCUACUUGCUAACGGCGUCUACAGUGCUGCAUAUCCUCUGCACGAUGGGGACUAUGAGAAUGAUAGUGAACCCAAUGACCGGAAGCUGCUGUGUGAUGAGUGGGCCAGUUAUGGAGUAUUCUACAAGUAUCAGCCCAUUGACCUGGUCAGGAAAUAUUAUGGUGAGAAGAUUGCCCUGUACUUUGCCUGGCUGGGAGUAUACACCCAGAUGCUUAUUCCAGCGUCCAUUGUGGGCAUCAUCGUGUUCCUUUAUGGCUGUGCUACUGUAGACCAGGACAUCCCAAGCAUAGAAAUGUGUGACCAACGAAUUAACAUCACCAUGUGCCCCCUGUGUGACAAGACGUGCAACUACUGGAAGAUCAGCUCUGCCUGUGCUACAGCUCGAGCCAGCCAUCUCUUUGACAACCCAGCCACUGUCUUCUUCUCAGUCUUCAUGGCUUUGUGGGCUGCAACAUUCAUGGAACACUGGAAGAGAAGACAAAUGCGACUGAACUAUCGAUGGGAUCUGACAGGUUUUGAAGAAGAACAAGACCAUCCCAGGGCAGAGUAUGAAGCUAAGGUCCUUCAGAAGUCCGUCAAAAAGGAGUACAAACGCAAAGAGACCGAAAAGGAGAAGCUGACAUGGAAGGACAGAACUCCUGCUUAUGUUACAAACUUUGUUGGCAUCCUUUUUAUGAUCGGUAUGACCUUUGCUAUUGUGUUUGGCGUCAUUGUAUAUCGGGUCUCUACUGCAGCAGCAUUAGCAAUGAGCUCCAACCCAUCCGCGCGUGCCAAUGUCCGAGUAACUGUUACAGCAACAGCAGUUAUCAUUAAUCUGGUGGUGAUUCUGAUCCUGGAUGAAGUGUAUGGUUGUAUAGCACGAUGGCUCACCCAGAUUGAGGUCCCAAAAACGGACAAGACUUUUGAAGAACGGUUAAUAUUCAAGGCUUUCCUGCUGAAGUUUGUCAAUGCCUAUACACCAAUCUUUUAUGUUGCCUUCUUCAAGGGUCGGUUUAUUGGACGGCCAGGUGAUUAUGUCUACAUUUUUGGCUCGUUCAGAAUGGAAGAGUGUGCCCCUGGUGGCUGUUUAAUGGAAUUGUGCAUCCAGCUGAGUAUCAUCAUGCUGGGGAAACAGCUGAUUCAGAACAAUCUCUUUGAGAUAGGAAUCCCGAAGAUGAAGAAGCUGAUCAGGUACUUGAAAUCAAGACGAGAAAAAUACAUGGACCACGAGGAGCAUGUCAAGAGGAAACAGCGUUAUGAACUGGAUUAUAAUCUGGAACCUUUUGCAGGACUCACCCCAGAGUACAUGGAAAUGAUCAUCCAGUUUGGAUUUGUCACUCUGUUUGUCGCCUCGUUCCCACUGGCUCCUCUGUUUGCCUUACUCAACAACAUAAUUGAGAUCCGUCUGGAUGCCAAGAAAUUUAUUACGGAACUCAGGAGGCCUGUGGCGGUCAGAGGAAAGGAUAUAGGUAUCUGGUAUAAUAUUCUACGAGGUAUUGGGAAGCUUGCAGUGAUAAUAAAUGCCUUUGUGAUCUCAUUCACCUCCGACUUCAUUCCACGCCUCGUGUACCUGUAUAUGUACAGUCCAGAUGGCACUAUGCAUGGCUUUCUGAACAAUACUCUCGCCUACUUUAAUGUCAGUGACUUUAAAUCUGGCACCGGGCCCAACAUUGAGAAUGAGCUGGGAUACUCUGUGGAGAUAUGCAGAUACAAAGAUUACCGGGAGCCUCCGUGGUCUGAAAACAAAUAUGACAUUACAAAGGAAUACUGGGCUGUUCUGGCUGCAAGAUUGGCGUUUGUCAUUGUUUUCCAGAAUUUAGUCAUGUUCAUGAGCGACCUUGUAGAUUGGAUCAUCCCAGACAUUCCCAAAGACAUCAGCCAACAGAUUCACAGAGAGAAAGUCCUGAUGGUUGAGGUGUUUUUGAAAGAAGAGCAGGGUAAAUUACAAAUGCUGGAAACGUGGAGAGAACAUUACGACAGGAAGAAAGAAGAGAACUGUAACAAUCAAAGCCCCAAGCUUUCCCGCAGUAACCGAGGGAGCACAGUGUCUGCUUAUUCUCAACGCGUGGAUGUGUAAGCGGAAAAACCUGUUUGAGAGACGCACUGUUUUGGGCAGUCAUUCCACUGACAGAAAUGUCAUCAAGAGAUGUGACUUUAGAGCCUCUGGAGAGCUCUUGUCUUUGUAGCCUGUGCUGGCUUCCAUGUUCUGUGGACAGAGGACCAUGAUUUCAGAUAUAGAGCAGAUGGAAACUCCUGUUUGGUGACUUGGAUAACGUCGCUGACAUAUGCAUGUUCUGUAGUAGCAAUAGAAUAUAAUUCGUCUUCAUUAGAUAUCUCGUGCCUUCUGUUGAACAUUUUCACACUUUAAGACACUACACCCUGUGACUUUUUUGGGGGGUCCUGAAAAACACUUAAAGCAUUAACAUCAAGCUGCAACAAGGCCGUCAAUUUUAGCAAUGGACUAGAUGACAGAGACAUGACUUCAUGGAUCCUUGAGCAAUGAUGGACAGCUAUGUGCUGACAUUCCUAAUGCACAUUAUUUACAAGGAGCUUCCUACGCUUAAGACACCUGGUACCUUCCUGUAACAGACAAUCUGGUUUCUGCAGGGUCUCUUUUUUUAUUAUCAUUAUUUUCAGC